UUUCAUUAGAUAUAUAUAUAUAUAUAUAUAAUUACUUCAUCUUAUUCAUUUUUAUUAUUAUCAUCCAUUAUUUAUUCAUAUAUCUACAUUUAUUAUUAUCAUGCCUGUUAGCACAUCAUCCAAUAUUCAACAAAUCACUUCAGGUUCCGAAUUGACAAAAGAGUACCUAGAAAAUAUUAACAAAUACCUUUGGACUUUAUCCCCUACUGAAAUCUUAUCUUGGGCUAUUGAUCAUUUACCAAAUCUUUAUCAAACUACUGCUUUUGGAUUGACUGGACUUGCUACAGUAGAUAUGAUCAACAAAAUAAGUAUCGAUCGAAAUCAAAAUCAUUUGGUACCUUUGAUCUUUUUAGACACUUUGUAUCAUUUUGAGGAAACACUUGAAUUGGCCAAACGAUGUCAAGAAACAUACCAAGUUCCCCUUCAUGUAUACAAGCCUAUGGAUGCAUCAACUACUGCCGAAUUUGAACAAGAACAUGGAUCCAAUCUUUGGAAGGUGGAUGAAGAUAUGUAUGAUUAUCUUGUCAAAGUGGAACCAGCACGUCGCGCAUAUGAAGAAUUGAAUGUCAAAUCUGUGAUUACUGGUCGUCGUCGAAGUCAACGUGGUGAUCGAGAAAAUAUUCCUAUUUUAGAAGUAGAUGGUACUGGUCUAAUCAAACUCAAUCCUUUGGCUUUAUGGGAUUUCCAACAAGUAUGGACCUACAUUCGGGCCAAUGAAGUACCUUACAAUGCAUUAAUUGAUCAAGGUUACAAAUCAAUUGGUGAUCAUCACUCUACAAAGAAACCUACAGGUCAAGAAGGUGAACGUGAUGGUAGAUGGGCGGGUCAACAAAAAACCGAAUGUGGUUUACAUAAAGAUUAUUUCAAGAUGCGUGCUGCUUUCAUGGCCUCCAAGAAAAAACGUCAAGAACAACAACAACAACAACAACAACAACAACAACAUACUUCUAUGAUCACUGCUUAGCUUGUUUGUUUUUUUUUCCACAUAGUACUUUAUAGUUCUUCCCUCUUUGU